AUGGACCAGAAAACCGCAACACCUUCUGAGUAUACAUCACCCGAUAGAAGGAAUACUAUGGCUUCCGAUUUGCCCCCGUCUGAAUUCCAAUCAUAUUAUGUCUCGGAUUCCUUAAAAAUGGCAAAAGUAAUCUCGAAGACAUUGUUGGCCAUUACAGUAAUACUUAGCGCUUUGGUUCUCAUCUCUGUAUAUAUUCAGGCGAACAACCGGUGCUCGUGUGGAAGACAGAAAUCGCGAAAUGGGCCAUAUUUUGAGCCGUUAACCGCUGAGAGUGAAGACAAAGAAAGAAGAAGACUUCCGUUGAGUAUAGAAAUGGCCGGAUCUGCUGGAAUGAAUACAAAAGGACACGUGAAUUGUGUGGUUGAACGCAAAGUUGCCAAUCAGAUCAUUGCAUCAGAACCCAAAACGUUAAUAACACCUUAUGGUAACAUCACAACUGAUCCGCGUUUGAUUCACUUGACCGGCGAGAAGAUGGUCUUCACCUGUAAUUCCGCUAAUAAAGAGACGAAUAGAAAGAAUAAAACAAAAACCGAAGACAAAGAUAAGGAGAAUGAAGUGAUCGCAGAAUUGAUUCGCUCCAAGCGAUCGACUGGAACCGCCAACAAUAAGUGCAUCUGUGAUUGUGACUGUUAG